UCUCUGGCGCUCCCUCUACAGUUACAUAAUUACAUUUUCUUCCGUCUCUGUCCAGUAGCAAAGCAAUACUCUGAUAUUCCAGUGCAACAAACUGACCUUCAAGAUAAAUCUCUUACUAACUCUGUUAGUGAAUCGCUCUUGGUUAUAUAUUACAUCAUGGAAGCAAUAAGGAGGAGUGGUAUUUUGAAUCAGGGGGCAGGGCCUCAUUUCCUUCUUUCUGUUUUACUUUCUUGCGAUCUACAAUGGCUGCUGCACAGCAGAGAAAGGAAUUUCUGGAGCAAGAGUCAUUCAGAAAGAAUGCUUUUCUGAUCAUCGAUAAAAUGGUGAAGCUGAACACAGAACGUACUACCAUGCCGUUAGUGGAUGAGAUUCUUCACAGCAUCUUCUUUCUGGGAAAGAUCAACAAGCCACCAUUUUCCCCAGAAGAUAUUCUGAGUGAUGAUGAGAUCUUUAAUGCGUUGAAGCGCCGCUACCCUCAGCCUUUUGAACUCUAUUCCUCUCAACUACCCAGGCGGAGUCCAUUUUCAUGUGUGUUAGACAUGAUUGUCCACCUUACUAGACAGACUCAUCAAGGGAAAAGACAAGAACAAGAGAUUGAAAAAGAAAUAAUAGAAAAGCUGCGCCAACUCAUCAGUGAACUAAAGCUUGGUAAAAAUGAGCCUUUGGUCUCCUCCACCGUCUGUGUCUGUCACAGCACCGAGGCCCAAAAUGCAGUCAGGUACUACGGAGUCUCCAUGUCCACUUCUGGUCGUAAUCCUGGAAAAAUCCUGGUUGGUGCAUCCUGUUUUAGCAGCUGGGACGGUUACGUAGCUGGUGCAGUGAUGACCUACUAUCCAGAGCAGAGCAGCAAGUACGUCAAGAAGAACUAUUUUGAUGGAACCAUCAAACUUCCAGAGCAGCAUGUCAGGUGUCAGGCGUUUAACCUCUUUGAAAAUAGAGACAAGCCCCCUUGUAGAUCAUGUGGCAAUUUGUUUGGGUUGAACACAAAGGAACGCAAGGAAUAUCCCUAUGGCAACUGUGCAGAAGCUGAAAGUGUGAGCAACUUGCUUAAAAAUGUGGUAGAAAUUAGAGAGCAAGCCCGACCAACAGCUGAGACGUGCACAGAGGAGAACAGGAAGAGAGCUGCAGGGAGUGUCCGGAAAGAGCUUGAAGGUUUUGUGCGCACGGAGAGAUUUAAAUGGCAAGGUCAAUUCUACACCCCACAAAGAGUUUGAAG